GCCACUUUCAAGUUUCAUGAUCAUCGACCUCUAACUUACCGAAUUGAGCCCUAACCGCAACUGCAAGCUUGCCGUUUAGAUUCUGAUAUUAGGAAUAAUCUCUUCUCCUUUUAGAAUUGAAAUUCUCCCAACUCCAAAAUGAUCUGAGUUCCCUGCGAUCCAUCCCCGUGUUUUGUCCAUGGCGAUCCAAUUUAAGUUCAGGAGCUCGGUGAUCUUCGACUCGGUGGAUAUCGAUGGCCGACCCUCCAUAUCAAUUGGCGAUCUUAAAUCCAAAAUUAUUCGGAUGAAGAACCUCGAUACCUGCCAAAACUUUGAUCUCGUUUUCUCCGAUGCCCGUACCGGCCAAGGUAUUCCGUCAUCUCUCUGCCGCUAUUGGUUGCAUGAUUUGGUUGACGAGAAAUUUGAAAUUCCUAGUGGUUCAUGCGUGAUCAUAAAGAGAGUUCCUGCGGGAUCAGUUCCUUCCAAUGUUGUACAUCACGACUUGUUUGGGAAAUUUCAAGUCAAAGACACUGACAUGGUUAAUUCAUCUCAUCCAGUGAAGGCUGAGACGGACAAUUUUGAUGAUUUUGGUGUAGACUUAUACCCUAUUCGCAAAAGAACAUCAUCAAUUUCUCUCAAUCAUAAAAAAUAUGAUGCUGUUAGACAUUAUAAGGAGACUGAAAGAGGAUAUAUUGAGCCUGAAGGAAGUGGCAUUAGUGAGGCUAUUCAAAGAGAUUCAAGUCAUGGUACAACAGUUGGAGGAACUGAGCUGCAAACAAACAUAAAAGUUCAUAUUGGCGAGGGAAUUGGUUUGGAGAAACCAGUUGUUGCAAUGGCUUCAGUGAAUCAUGAUUGUGAAAUACCGCCAGAACUGAAGUGUACUCUUUGCAAAUCACUCUUUGUGGAUGCCGUUAUUAUUGGUUGCUGUAAGCAUAGCUUUUGUGAGAAAUGCAUUCAUCAUGUUCUACUGCGAAAGGCAAAGUGCCCUAAUUGUGCCUCUACUAAAAGUAGACUAGAAGAUUUGUUGCCGAAUUUAUCUCUUAGGCAAAAUGUUGCUGAUUUCCUUGAGUCUCAGAUCCUGAUGGGCAACCCAGACAAUGCCAUUCAUCAUGAUGCACCAGAUGAAGAAUCAAGAAUUGAAGGAGAGGACAUGCCAUUUCUGUCUUAUGCUACCAGUAGGGGUUGUAAUCAAGAAGUGGUGGAAGACAUCAAUGACUCAUCAUUAAAAAGAAAUAUGGUUGAUGGAGCACUAUUUGGAUCGGGCCACCCUGAAAAAUUUGGUGGUAUGCCACAAGACCUUCAUCCUUUUGAUGAUUGCCAAGGGGAAAGUCAGCCUGUUUUUGGGGAUUUUAAGCAUGGGUUGCUGAUCAACGCCUCUGAUAUACCGGGAAAAAUCCAAAACCUUGCAGAUUUUAGAAGACAAAAAAAGCGUUGCCGUGCUUGUUACAUGUGUGGUUCUCUGGACCAUCUCAUUAGAGACUGUCCAGUUGCUUCAAAGCCACAUCCCAUGCCUCUAAUGGGAGCUACGCCAUAUUAUGCAUCACCUUGGCAUCAUGUCAGUUCCUUUUCAAACCUGUAUGGUUGUGCCAUGCCUUUCAAUACAUCAACGGUACCUGAAGCAAAUUCUUACUGGGCAUCUCUUUAUGGUGGAUAUCCUGCCCCAAGUGGAUAUGUGGGCAUGAGAGACAUGACUGCUCCACCACUCCGGAAGAUUGAAGAGUUCUGCGGUGGUUAUUCACAAUCCACAGACGUUAGUGACACUAAUAAAAGAGGGAUGAUACCUGAUAAUCGUUCCAGGAGGGCAAUGGCUUUCAUCAAUGAGGAUGGGUGCGAGGGAGAAGAUGAUGUUGCUAAAUAUAGAGGCCUUCAUGAGUGGGAUGGAAAAUCAAGAGACUAUAGAAUGCUCGAAGAAGAGGAACACCCACGUCGAGAAACUGCCAACGACGAAAUAAAUUGGCUGUAUGACGAAAAAAGGAAGAGUUCCCGUUCUUCUAAAGAUGCUAUGAUCAAUCAAUUCAACGGGAGAUUAGGCCUGGACACAGAAGGCUUGCCUUGCAACACCAAAGUAUUGACUAAGGAGAGGUCUGAACAUCACCAUAGAAGCUUCCGGGAGGUUGGUGGGAGGGCAGAUGAAUGUUGCAGUCAUUUUAGCUCGAAUCACCACAAAAAAUGCAAAUUGAAAGAAGAUAAAACCAAUGUGGUCGAGUUCGACUUAAAGCGACAAACAAAGAAGCAUCCUAACGACUCAAAGUUUGAUUUAGAACAAAGCUUUCCCAGAUCGAGAGGUUCUAAGCACAAUGCGCUCACUCAAGAUCAUCAUCGGCAAAUGGUUUGCGAGCCAAACGAUAAUCGUGUCCAUAAAUAUAAACAAAGAAGGCAGUGAAAAACUACAGAUCUGAAUUCCAAGUUUGAAGUGUGGAAGCAAGCAAGCAAACGAGUUCUUAGUUCAUGGAUGUAAGCUAUGGUAUGCCAGAUUUUUGUAAGCAAAGGUUCUUGAAGAAGCAGUUGAAGGUACGUUUCUUUCGGA